AUGAUACGAAUACAAGCAAUUAUAGCAACAAUUGUAGUAUUAGUGGGAGCAGAUUUUUACAGCUCCAGAUAUGACGACUUCGAUGUGCAGCCUUUACUAGAAAAUGACAGAAUUCUUCUAAGUUACACCAAAUGCUUCUUGAACCAAGGACCUUGUACACCGGAUGCUAAGGACUUCAAAAAAGUAAUACCUGAAGCAUUGGAAACAAACUGUGGUAAAUGCACAACCAAACAGAAGCAGUUAAUAAGACAAGUUAUAAAGGCGGUGAUGGGCCAUCAUCCCGAGUCAUGGGCUCAACUUGUAGACAAAUACGACAAAGACAAAAAAUAUAGAGAUGCCUUCAAAAAGUUCAUAGAGGAUAAAGAA